AUGGAGAACACUAGCCGGAACACUGAAUUUCAGUCGAAUUCUGAUGCUUGUAGCAAUACUGUGUUUGAUCACCAUAGGUUUGAUGAAAAUUUUGAUUUUGAUGUUCAAGAGCUUGGUAGAGACUGGAUCCCUGAAUGUUCUGAGGGAUUGAAACCUUACAUUGAUCAGCGGUUUAGUGAUCUUGAUCAAGAUUUUAUUUUCUACAAGGAAUACGGUAGAUCAUCUGGAUUUGAUAUACGUUGGUCGACUGAAAGGAGUGAUAGGGAUGGAAAUACCAUAGAGAAGUAUUUUGUUUGCUCAAGAUCAGGUCGUCCUGACGACAAAAAUGUUGAUAAAAAAACUCCAAAAGCGGAGGAGAACGGUAAGGGAGGAAUGCAAUUCCUGAGGUGUAGUAGGUCUCUAACCGAGUUCCACAAAAGAUUUAUCUUUGAUGCUUCCAAAUCAAACAUUGGUGCUUCACGAGCGUAUACCAUUUUUAAAUCAAUGAUAGGUUCAUAUGAAGAUGUAGGAGCUACUGUUGUUGAUUUUAAAAACUUUUCCAGGGAUAUUAAACAACACAUUGGAAAGCAUGACACUGAUAUGAUUGUUCAGAAAUUCAGGGACAUACAAGAAUCUUCAGACCCCAAUUUUAAAUUUGAAUAUAAAACCGACUCGGCAAAUCAUCUCACACAAUUAUUCUGGGCAGAUGGCGAAGGAAAGAGAAACUACGAAGUAUUUGGUGAUGCUGUUUCUUUUGAUGCAACAUACAGGACGAACAUGUAUGGAAUGGUUUUCAUACCUCUCAUAGGAAUAGACAAUCAUUGGAAGAGUGUUACUUUUGGUGCGAUCCUGCUUGAACGGGAAGACAAUGAAAACUAUAUAUGGGCAUGCGAAUCUUUCAAGAAGGUGUUUGGUAAGGAUCCCAAAUGUAUCAUUACAGAUCAAGACCUCGCAAUGAAAGCAGCUCUUCAAUAUUCUUUCCCACUUGUCAAGCAUCGGCUAUGCUUCAUGGACAAACUUGGACGAGUAAUAUGGGUAGAUCACAUAAUGCCAGAAGAAUUUGAACAAGGAUGGACAUAUGCUGUUGAUGAAUUUGACUUGAACAAGAAUGUUUGGCUAAAAGAAAUGUUUGACAUGAGAUCUUUGUGGAUUCCAUCAUACUUUAAUGAUGAACCAAUGGUAGGACUUCUGCGGACAACAUCGAGGUCAGAAAGUUCUAAUUUUUAUUUUGGAAAUUACGUUCAGCGAGGUGAUACACUUUCAGAGUUUUACAUAUGCUAUCAGAGUGCCAUUGAAAAACAAAGGAACAACGCUAAGAAACUGACACACUAUGAUGACUUCACACCAAAAACAAUUACAGACAGAGAGAUUGAAAAAGAUGCCAUUAGACUUUACACAAGGGCUCUGUUUUAUAAGGUUCAAGAAGAGAUAAGAGCUGGUAGUAUGGAUAUUGUUCUAUUGGGCAUGACUUGUCUGGACAAUGUCAAGAAAAUAAAGAUCCAAGAACCAGUGAACAAAACCAGGAUAUUUGAGGUUGCAGUUAACAUGGAUACACAUAAUAUUGAAUGUUCGUGCAAACUUUUCACCAGAGUUGGCUAUCUAUGUUCCCAUGCCUUUUUCUGCCUUGGUAUUUGUGGAAUUAGAAUCAUACCAAGACAGUAUGUCUCAAACAGAUGGUUGAAGAACGCAGUCGAGCGUUUCAGCACACUUGAACUUGGAGAAAUAUCUGAUAGAGAUGCAACAAAUUUAUCGAGGCGUGUGCAGACACAAGAUUGUUGGUUUGAGUUCCAAGGGUGCCUAAGCGACGCAUCUGGUAAUGCUGAUAUUUUAGAGUAUAUUAAAAACGGACUUUGCAGCAUGAGGAAGCACAUAACAAUAACAAUGAAUAAACCAAGAACUCGAUUAAACUCAAAGCAGAUCGAAGAAUUAAUAGAUUCUCGUGUUGUCAACGAGAUCACAAUACAGAAUCCUAACAAAAGUAACAACAAGGGCAGUAGGAAAAGAAUCAUAUCAGGAGCAGAGAAAUCAAUUGGGUGCAACAAAAGGAAAAUGAGGAAAUGUGCAACUUGCCAGGAGUAUGCUUAUCAUGAUUCAAGGACUUGUCCUGAGAAGAAUUAA